AUGUCCUCUGCCGUGUCCCCGUCCUCCAAAACCCCGUCCAGCGGAACCGGUACCGCUGGACCAACGGGUCCCAAAGAGCUGGAACUUAUCCUGGUGAAGGAGCAGAACGGGGUCCAGUUCACCACCUCGGCACUGGUCAGCCCGCCGCACACACAGACGCUGACACACACCCACACAGACCCGUCGGGCGAGGAGCGUGAGACCUGGGGCAAGAAGAUCGACUUCCUGUUGUCUGUCAUCGGGUUUGCCGUGGACCUGGCCAACGUGUGGAGGUUCCCCUACCUCUGCUACAAGAAUGGAGGAGGAGCGUUCCUGGUGCCCUACAUGUUCUUCAUGGUGAUCGCAGGGAUGCCCCUCUUCUACAUGGAGCUGGCCCUGGGCCAGUACAACCGGGAGGGGGCCGCCGGGGUCUGGAAGAUCUGCCCCAUUUUUAAAGGCGUGGGCUUCACGGUGAUCCUGAUCUCGCUCUACGUGGGCUUCUACUACAACGUGAUCAUCUCCUGGGCGCUCUUCUACUUCUUCUCCUCCUUCUCCAGCGACCUGCCCUGGGUCAACUGCAACAACCCCUGGAACAGCCCCAACUGCUCCGAGAGCGCGCUCAACGACAGCCAGAAGACCACGCCAGCUGCCGAGUACUUUGAGCGAGGCGUGUUGCACCUGCAGGAGAGUGGUGGUAUAGGUGACCUGGGACGACCCCGAUGGCAGCUUACCUCUUGUCUAGCUGUGGUCAUCAUCAUCCUCUACUUCAGCCUGUGGAAGGGGGUCAAGACCUCAGGGAAGGUGGUGUGGAUCACUGCCACUAUGCCCUAUGUGGUCUUGACUGUGCUCCUUCUGAGAGGUGUCACCCUCCCUGGAGCCAUGGACGGCAUUAAAGCCUACCUCAGCGUGGACUUCAUGAGACUACUGGAGGCCCAGGUCUGGAUCGAGGCAGCCACUCAGAUCUGCUUCUCUUUGGGAGUCGGGUUUGGUGUGCUAAUCGCCUUCUCCAGCUACAACAAAUUCAGCAACAACUGCUACAGAGAUGCGAUCAUCACCAGCUCCAUAAACUCCCUGACCAGUUUCUUCUCUGGUUUUGUCAUCUUCUCCUUCCUUGGCUACAUGUCUCACAAACACAACAUUGCACUUGACAAAGUGGCCACAGAUGGUCCAGGUCUGGUCUUCAUAAUUUACCCAGAGGCCAUUGCUACGCUGUGGGGGUCUCCUGUGUGGGCUGUGAUCUUUUUCAUAAUGCUGGUCACUCUCGGCAUCGACAGCGCUAUGGGUGGUAUGGAGUCUGUGAUUACAGGCCUGAUGGACGAGUUCAAGUUUCUCCACAAACACAGAGAGCUCUUCACGCUCUUCAUCGUCAUCUCCACCUUCCUCAUCUCCCUCUUCUGUGUGACCAAUGGCGGUAUCUAUGUAUUUACUCUAUUGGACCACUACGCUGCUGGAACCUCCAUCCUGUUUGGGGUGCUGAUUGAAGCCAUAGGCAUCUCCUGGAUCUAUGGGGUGGACCGCUUCAGCGAUGACAUCCAGGAGAUGAUUGGACAGAGGCCUGGGCUAUACUGGAGAAUGUGCUGGAAAUAUGUCAGUCCCUGUUUCCUGCUGUUCAUGGUGGUGGUAAGCUUCGCCACGUUCAACCCUCCUAAGUACGGCAAUUACAUGUUCCCUACGUGGGCCAACGUGGUGGGCUGGUGCCUGGCCGUCUCCUCCAUGAGCAUGGUGCCCCUCUAUGCCAUCUACAAGCUCUUGUCACUGCCUGGCAGCUUCUGCGAUAGACUGGCCUAUGCCAUCACCCCAGAGAAGGAACAUCACUUGGUAGAGCGUGGAGAAGUGCGGCAGUAUACGGUAAGCCCUGUACUGAUGUACCUGUGUUCAGGUGUGAUUUCCUUAGGUAGUGAGCCUAAUGUUACCUGUCUGCAGCUGUGAUACCAGUAUUCAGCCUUGUGUAUAAAUACAUUACAGUGUGUUACAACGUGUUACAAUUAGGGCUGUCAACGUUAACGCGUUAAUCUAUGUGAUUAAUGCGGCCGUGAUUAACGCGAUAAAAUAUUUUAACGCAAUU